GACCACCGCUUCUCGUGGACAAACCUGGCAUACUUGGGACGACGCUGGCAGGAGAUCUUGAACAGUUCAUCUGCAGACAGAUGGCUUGCGAACCGGAGCGCGGAGGAGAUGGAAGGCUUGAUGAGAAGUCUGCUGGUGCCUUCCUGCAUGGGCCUUCUGCAUGAGGCCCGGGAGCUGGAAAGCCCCUACCUGCUGGGCUGCAAACCUGGCACCGCAAACUACGACCGGAGCCGUGUGCUCAAGGUUUCCAAAGCAGAGACACUGAAGCUGCCCAAAGGCAUCUUCAAGGCGGCCGUGUCCAAGCCGAUGGCUGGUUUCCAUCUGGAGCUGAACGCGGUGCUGGACGUCUAUGCGGCCCGAGACUUGGGCUCGCUGCGCCGGCGCUGCGAGAUCGAAGACCGCGCCGGCACGACGCGGCAACUCGAGCAGUGCUUUGGGCCCAAGUUCGAGCACUUCCUGGGUCCGGAAGUGGUGGAGGUGGGGAAAUCCGCAGACCUGGCGGCCUUGGCCGAGCGCCUGGGUGUGACUACUGAGCCGUCGGGCCCUAUGGUGCUUUCGCUGCUUAGCCGUGCCGCGCGGGCGGAGACCACGCUGCAAGCGGCCUACCGCUUCGCGGCGGAGGUGUGGCACGAAGACCCGGACUGCAUGACCAGCGCCAUUGCGCACACCCAGGAGACCGGUAUUUGGAUCUUGGAGGCCAACCAGAUUGUCAAGAGAGAAGUUGCGCAGACUUCCUGGGAGGAGGUCCAAGAUCUGUUCCCGCCAUGGAAAUGGAGGAAGUCAUUUAAAAGUCUGGAAGAAUUCUUUGUGAAAGCUUUAGGCCUGGCUCUUUCAGCUGCCCCCGUCGAAGCAACACCGCCAGCCGCUGCAACUGAACCUGUGAACCCGUCUGCGGUGAAGCUCGGAAUUGUAGAGAGGCCAAGGCAAUGCGCACACGGCCCACCUGCCAUGCUCGCCCUGCCGAGCGCACAAGUCGAGCCUCACGGGCAUGGGCUGAAGCGACCGCCGCCAGAGCCCAGCACCGAGGCACCGCCCAAGCACCAGAAGCAGAACCCAGGCGACUCUUCCAGCCCGCUGCCCCAGCUCCCGCGCCUUCGCGGCGAGGAGCCCACCGAGGGGGAGGGAGAAGAUGGCAAAGGCCGGGACCGGGCCUUCGCAAUCCCUUCCCUGCCGCUGGUGAGUCAGCUCCUGAACGAGAUUUGCUACUCCAACAACGGCGCGGAGGUGCUGCACGGCUUAGCAGACAGGCGCGAGAUGCCCAUCGCGAACAUUCGGUUCACCCAGGCGACGGUGGGCUUGAAGUUCAGCCACGGCGUGCUCAAGGGCCGGCGCGUGGAGGAGGUCGCUGCUGAGUUGGCGCACGGAAGCCUUGUGGCGGUCGACCUGCCGAUGGUGGUGGUCAAAUUCAAGGAU